AUGUCUCAGCGAUUCCUUCACCCUGCUGCUGCCAUAGCCCUAGCCUCUGAUCAACCGCUGUUUCAAGCUCCUGGAGACUUCCCAUCCAAACGGGAGAUUGGCACCUUAUUGCUGAAUCGAAUCUCUCCAGUGGUCUUCAACUCUGUCAGUGUCCAAGAGAUCGUUGAGAAUGCUCCGCACUACUCCACAUGUCACUGCUACAGCGGCGUCUUGGUCUCUCCAAUGACCGGGCACCGCGUUAGCAUCCAGUUCCGCGGCUCGAGGCGGCAGGUCCAGGUCGUCAAGGGCCGUCGCGCAGCGCGUGAUGACAAACCUCCCCAGAUAGUCCCGCACUCUGGCCCCUGCCAGCGCGUGCGCAUGUACCAGUCGACGUGUGUUGUUGGCACGCCGUGGACUGUCUUCAGGAUACCCCCUCCGAUCUCUGGAUGGGAAUUUGAGCGCCUGCCGUCCACGCUCCAACCCGCGAUGCCGAAUCAGCCCCAGAGCAAGGCAGUGGCCAUUCGAGAUCUUGCACGCUUCUUCACCAAUCAAAUCAAGAAGAAAGAAGAUCUACUUCUGGCUUCGAGCAUCUGUGACUUCCAGUUGCUCGAAUCCGAGGCCGACAAAUCGCUCUAUCAGCACUUCCACCCGUCUUCAAAGACCUCGUCUCUUCUCCGCUGGUGCGUCGAAAAGGUGCGCUACAAUCUAGAAGAGCUGCAGGAGCUGCCGUACGUCUUGUUCCACAAGAAAGUCCAUCCCACAGAGUACUUCCAGGAGCCACGCACCGGUCUGGUCUCGGGUGUCCUGCAAUGGGACGACGUCCACUACGAGCCCAUCGGCUUCAGUCUGCUCUUCGUCGACUAUCUGCUGCGGAACCCGGCCGACUUCGCCCAACGCUCGAGUGAGGCCUUGCUCGGACUACCGGACUACAGUUUCUACGGCGCCGUCUUGGCCAACCUCUGCGAGGCGGGCUUUCCGGACGUCACUCCCCAGCUUCUCCAAGCCGCGAGGGCUGCCGGGAUGGUGGACUUUGCCUUCAGGCAUUGCAUGGGGCCGGAUACUAUCUGGGCAAAGAACUUACUGUUGUCCCACAUGAUAUCCCUGGCACAUGUCGAGGAAUAUUUGCAUGAGUGA